CAGCAGCUAUGGAAACUGUUCCGGUGGACUGAGAUGCACUUCACAGGCUCCUCCUUGUCUCCUUGCUUUGACUUUCCCACCUCCUGCAGGCUGUCAUCCUCUGUUAGCAUUUGCAUAUUGCAAGGGAAUAAAACCUCAGUUCUCUCAGGAGUGAACCGGAGUGUUAUGGGAACUGAGCACUCAAAGAACGAGGAGCGAAGGACCAUGGUUUUCCUUAGGAAAGGCCCGAAGCUGCCUGCAUGGGAAGACGCCCUUCUCGCAGGGAGAGAGCCCAAGUCACUGCUGAAACGGGGAUUGCGUUAUGUCAGCUUGAGCCUCAUAAUGAAAGGGAUGACCAGCACACCUGACUUCUUGUGGGGGCUGCAUGAGGUGCAGAAGCUGAACCUUUCACGCAACCAGCUGGUGGUGAUUCCCCCUUCUCUGGGGAAGCUGGACAGGCUUGUAGUGCUGAACUUGGGUGGCAACUGCCUCAAGUGUCUGCCUAAGGAGAUCGGGCUGCUGAGGAACCUGAAGGUCUUGUUUGUCAAUAUGAACUGCCUGAAAGAGGUGCCAGCAGAGCUCAGCUUGUGCAGGAAGCUGGAGGUUCUGAGCCUCUCACACAACUGCAUCUCACAAUUGCCUUUGAGCUUCACCGACCUGACAAGUUUGAGGAAACUGAACCUCAGUAACAACCGCUUUGUGCAAAUUCCGCUCUGCAUUUUCGCCCUGAGAAGCUUAGACUUCUUGCACCUAGGGUCCAACAAGCUGGAAAACAUCGCAGAGAGUAUCCAGUACCUGGUCAAUCUGCAAAUCUUUAUCGUGGAAAAUAACAACAUUCGCAGUCUGCCACGGUCUCUGUGCUACAUCAGCACUCUGGAGUUACUGAACGCUGACUACAACGCCAUCCAGACCCUCCCAGAUGACCUGUACCUGCUGCGCCGGCUGCGCCGCAUUGCCUGGAACCCCAUGGACAAAGGCCUCCACAUCGCCCACAACCCCUUGUCCCGGCCCCUGCCCGAGGUCGUCGAGGGGGGGCUGGAUGUCCUCUUCAACUACCUCAGGGACAAAAAGGAGCACAACUGAGUUUCUGCUGAGCUUGGGAUUAAGCCUGUCAUCAAGACUCAAUCGCACCGGAGAGCUUUCCUGCUCAGGCAUUUCCACUUCAUAAUGCUCGGAUUUCGAAGGCUGUGGAUGGCUUUAGUAACACUUGGAGGAAAGCAAGUAAAGUAUGACGGUCUUGAUUAAGUGUGUGAAGAGCAAACUUUCUAGGAGCAGGCACCUCUGUAACCUUCACUGUUGUGGUAGUUGGGGUUUUUUUUAGAAAAAAAAUACAACCAACAAACUUGUGAUAAAAUAUUUGCUCUUCAUUUGACAGAAACAAAUUAAAGCAUACUGACAGACUUCCAGAAAUGUGCAUUUGACAGCUAUUAGGCUGGAGAAAUAUUAAUAUAAGUUAGACUUUCUCUCUAUGAUUGCAAUUGCAUUUCUGCUCCUGCUCACUUCUUCAUACACAGGUAAACCACGAUAUAAACAAACACUGCUAUCUAAGCGAAUCUCAAGGAAAAUGUUUGCUUUUGGCACUGAAUAUAUCCUGAGCUAUAUUAGCUCACCAACAAUAUAUUACUGGUCAGUUCAAUACCACUUGUUGUUUACCCUACAGCUGUGCUCUGGCCUGUAUAAAUUACAGGUAGAGAUUGCCAGUGACGAGGCAAUUUGCCAGUUCUUCAGAAGUAGAUCCCAAACUUCCCCAGAGCUCCUACUUCCCCUGGUGAGACUAGCAGCCCUUCACUCGGAGCCUCCUAGGAUGCUGACAGCAGUGCUUCACAUCAGCUGGGAGCAGCAUCUGCACAAAGCAGAGAAAGGACUGUGGCUUCUUCCCUCACACAAAAGAUGGAGUUGCUCAUUCCUAGGGGUCCAACUGCCCUCCAUUCCCUUUCCCAUAUCCCUGCAAUCCGAGCUAUGGGGUGACUUUACUCAGGAGGCAGUACAUCUCCUAAAGGUGAAAUACUUCUUUCAGGAAAAACAGCAUCAACCCAGUCAUCACCUUAAGUAAGAGCUUCAAAAACAAAUAGUUAUUUCUGGGAUCGUCAGUAUCAGCCAGUAGCAUAAAAGUCAGGUCUUAUGUGGUUUCUUAUAUUGAUCUUCUGUGAAUGCCCUUCAUCAAACUUUUAUCUGGUAAUAAAGAGGCAGUAUGAAAGA